AUGUUAUCGGAUGGACAACUGAAAAAGCCUUUGAGGCUUACCGAUAGGCGUUAUGGCAUUUGGUAUUGCGGUGAUCAUCAAAAGGGGGUCACCGGCGGUAUUCGAAGCUGUAAGCACUGUUGCUGUGCUCUUUGGGGAGAACAAGCCGUUCAACGGUUCCGACAACUUGUGGAGUUGCUCUGUCACCAGUGUAUCAAGCCAGUUUGCGGCCAGCUUUCAUGA